AUGGAGUACGAGGCGUCAGCUGAGGCACCAACUCCACCAGUCAUACCAUGGCACACCCAAAAUGAGCUUUCCAGGGCGGAUUUAGCUCCUGAACGGACCAAAACCGCGAAUUCUGCUGCUCAUAGCAGCAUUGUUGGCGACGGGGGAUACGCGAAGCAACUGGCCCACAGCACGGCAGCUACUCACCAAUCAUCCCACGAUUAUGACGAGAACCUGGCAGUGGAAGAUGAUUUACAGUACAUUGGUGGUGGUAUUGGGUCGAAACAAGCAAGUGACGAUGCACUGGAUGAGGACUCAACAGCAGCUGAGCCAGAGCUUCGUGCACCUGACGGGCUCGAGCGCUGUCUUCGGAUGGCAAUGGUCGAUUCAGCCGGAAAAGAGGCGACAGAAAAGCGUUUUGUUCCAGUCGAUGAAAUUGAUCGUAUCGUCAAUCUCAAGUCCGUUCUCCGAGAGCUCAAGACCGUCAACCUCGGCCGAGACCAAGACCCGAAUGACAUUGCCCAUCAAAUCUGCUCCGUCCACGAAGGCAAAUCUCCACUCGACGGAAAGGAGACAAAGACCAACAGGAGACGAAUUUUUGCUACAUUGGCACUGAUAAGAGAAACAGCAGCUGUCCAAGAAGUACUAAGAGAAGGCCUCUACGAUUGGGAUCUUCCUCUGGCACUCGAUACUACCGAUCGAGGACACCAUCGCUUGGCACGGCGAAAUGCGGAUGGCAGUCUACGCCUAGUUUCGUUUUCGAGAAGCUGGUCCCCAUAUCAGCAUGAAGCCUUCUCGCGAUGCCAAUGGCAACUCUCCAGCCCAUGCUUUGAAAUGCGCACCAAUGUAGAAGCCAAAAUCAUGCACUACCGCCUCAAUGCUCACAGCAUUUUACCGAUUACCAAGAUCGAUGGAGAAGACCGCCAUGGAGGCUUUGCAACUGUGUCAAAGAUCAAGCUGCACCCGGCCCACCGGAAGUCGAUAUCGAGAGAUCAAGACUCAACCUCAUGGCUAGCUCUCAAGAGGCUUAAAUUUAGCACAGAAGAAGCUUUUAAGGCAGAAGUGGCACCGCUAAAAAGACUCGGCAAUAACAAGAACUCCCACAUCAUUCAAGUACUCACCACUUUUCAAUACCGAGACGAAUACAAUCUUGUCUUUGAAUGGGCUGAUGGCGGCAACUUGUUUGACUUUUGGCAGCAGUCAUUCCCCCAGCAUCAUUCCCCGGCCGGGAACCACGGGCUCGGAAAAUGGCUGGCGACACAAUUGACUGGAUUGGCUUCUGCUCUUUCAUUGAUACACGAGUGUGAAUUCGACCCACUGGCAGCGAAGUAUUCCGGAUUCAAUUCACAAGAUGGUCGCAAGAAAUAUGGGGCCCAUGGCGACUUGAAGCCAGAAAAUAUCUUGUGGUUCAAGGCCACGCCCAAUGAUGAAGACUCUUCCAACCUGGGUACAUUCAAACUCUCUGAUUUUGGUCUCGCCAGUUUUCAUAGCUUGGAGAGCCGAAAGAGAUUUCAACCCGCUGGAUUCUCGGCAACAUAUCGGGCUCCCGAAUGCGAUCUCGACCGACACAUUUCGCAAAAGUACGACAUGUGGUCCCUUGGUUGUGUGCUGCUAGAACACCUGACAUGGUACCUGCUCGGAUAUGAUGGAGUCACCGCGUUCAGUCAGCGACGAAUGCAAGAGUCACAGCCAACAUUCAAAGAGGACAACUUUUUCAAUAUGACCCAGGACCGAUUUUCUCUCCAAGGAGGAAGAGCAAUCAUGAAGAGAUGUGUGCAGGAGCAAUUCAACUUGUUGAGAAAGACGCCAAAUUGUUCGGAUUUUCUUUCUGAGGUCCUUGAUUUUGUGCAGGACAAGCUGCUUCGAAUGUCCCCUGACCGAAGAUGUGAAGUGUCGGAAUUUCUCCACUUUACCAAAGACGCCAGCCAGAAAUGCAUGGAGGAUGAAACCUACUGCACCCAACGCCUGAAGCCGAUCGAAAUAAGGACCGAGACAAGCCUGUCUGAGUUACAUGCACGAUUAUCCCUCCAGACUGGUCAGCAUAAAAUGGCUGUAUAUGCAUCUGUCAACAGAAGUCGGACCAGCGUGCAUACACAGGCAAUCCCGUCUGCUUCAAGCGGCGCUGACCUGCUCAAGAAACUUCCAGUGUCCCCAGUGAAGGAGAUGGAAACUGAGCAGCCAGGGCAAGAGACAAAUAAUCAAGAGUCGGCAGACACAGCUCUCAUCACAGAAGAACACCUAACGCUCAUUAGUAAGAGAAAGAAUGACGAGCCAAUGGAUGGGGAAUUUGAGCCAACAACACAGAACAACCCAGAAGUGGCAAACGAGUACCAAUUUCUCUCUGUCUCAAAAUUGGGAGGGUUCGGUUCCGGUACGACAGGCGAGAAGAGUCCGAAAGCAUCUCACGGAGAUGUUUCUAGCGCAUCCUAUGACAGCAACAGCUUGGAAACUGGCACAGUGGGUUACAUCCAGAGACAACCGGAAAAGAGCGAAUACACGUCAGAUGGCGGCUGUCUGGGAGGCUUGUUGCAAAUGGUCAAGGACAAGAUCCGCCAUCCCAGGACUAAACACAGACAGUCAACGACGUAG